CAAAAUGGCGCCGCGGGAGGCGGGUCCCGCUCGUCGGCUCCCGGGGUUCCGGCGCCGCGCGUUUUGGUUCCGGAGUAACAGUGUCGCUACCGCCUUCCUCCUCCUCCUCUCGCCGCUACCGCCGUCGCCGCCGCCGCAGGUCCGCGCGGCCUCGGGUGGCCGGAGCUCAGCCUGCGCACGCAGCGCCCUGUGUCUCCGGGUGGGGCGGAAGACUCGCCUCUUGAGUCUCCCGCAGGGACUCUCCGUGGUGUGGCGGCCCUGGGGCUCUUUCUUAAUGGCCCCGGACUGAGUCCCCUCCAGUCGAGGACCCUCUCCUAGUCCACUGACGAGCGGUGGAUACCUGCCGCAGUCCUUGCCCUGCUGCCUCCUUAUACCCACACGGCGGCAGAGAGCUUCACCAUAGCGUUCGCUCAACUCCAGAACCUUCCGACCUCCGCUAGUUCCUGCGGGCCUCUGCCCGCUUCCCGGUGCACCCUCCCCGGGAGACACCUCAGACCCCCGACAGCCUGGGCAGGCUCGGUGCCUGCGGGUGCGUUCCUGAUCACCCCUCCCCUCUUCCCUCCCCCUCAUCCUCCAGUCCCUUGUUUUCACUCUCUGUCCUCUGCCCCUCACUCCCCUUGUCACCUCUUGGAGCCCCCUCCUAACCAGCGACCAGUGGGUAUCCCCUACCCCAGGAUGUGAGCCUCUUUAACCUGUAAUGCUGUGGCUAGCCCUUGGCCCCUUUCCUGCCAUGGAGAACCAGGUGCUGGUAAUUCGCAUCAAGAUCCCAAAUAGUGGCGCGGUGGACUGGACAGUGCACUCCGGGCCGCAGUUACUCUUCAGGGAUGUGCUGGAUGUGAUAGGCCAGGUUCUGCCUGAAGCAACAACUACAGCAUUUGAAUAUGAAGAUGAAGAUGGUGAUCGAAUUACAGUGAGAAGUGAUGAGGAAAUGAAGGCAAUGCUGUCAUAUUAUUAUUCCACAAUAAUGGAACAGCAAGUAAAUGGACAGUUAAUAGAGCCUCUGCAGAUAUUUCCAAGAGCCUGCAAGCCUCCUGGGGAACGGAACAUACAUGGCCUGAAGGUGAAUACUCGGGCCGUACCCUCUCAACACAGCAGCCCAGCAGUCUCAGAUUCACUUCCAAGCAAUAGCUUAAAGAAGUCUUCUGCUGAACUGAAAAAAAUAUUAGCCAAUGGCCAGAUGAAUGAACAAGACAUACGAUAUCGGGACACUCUUGGUCAUGGCAACGGAGGCACAGUCUACAAAGCAUAUCAUGUCCCGAGUGGGAAAAUAUUAGCUGUAAAGGUGAUACUACUAGAUAUUACACUGGAACUUCAGAAGCAAAUUAUGUCUGAAUUGGAAAUUCUUUAUAAGUGCGAUUCAUCAUAUAUCAUUGGAUUUUAUGGAGCAUUUUUUGUAGAAAACAGGAUUUCAAUAUGUACAGAAUUCAUGGAUGGGGGAUCUUUGGAUGUAUAUAGGAAAAUGCCAGAACAUGUCCUUGGAAGAAUUGCAGUAGCAGUUGUUAAAGGCCUUACUUAUUUGUGGAGUUUAAAGAUUUUACAUAGAGACGUGAAGCCCUCCAAUAUGCUAGUAAACACAAGAGGACAGGUUAAGCUGUGUGAUUUUGGAGUUAGCACUCAGCUGGUGAAUUCUAUAGCCAAGACGUAUGUUGGAACAAAUGCUUAUAUGGCACCUGAAAGGAUUUCAGGGGAGCAGUAUGGAAUUCAUUCUGAUGUCUGGAGCUUAGGAAUCUCUUUUAUGGAGCUUGCUCUUGGGAGGUUUCCAUAUCCUCAGAUUCAGAAAAACCAGGGAUCUUUAAUGCCUCUCCAGCUUCUGCAGUGCAUUGUUGAUGAGGAUUCGCCCGUCCUUCCAGUUGGAGAGUUCUCGGAGCCAUUUGUACAUUUCAUCACUCAGUGUAUGCGAAAACAGCCAAAAGAAAGGCCAGCACCUGAAGAAUUGAUGAUUUGUAUUUCAGAAGCCUUUUCUACUGUUGUGAGACAUGGAGAGAAGCCGAUGUGGGAAUCACAGAUGUGCAUUUCAGUCUGCACUCGCCAUUUUUAUGUCUUAGCAUCAGCUCUGUGCCCAGCAUCCUGCCUGACGCCGAGGAGGCAGCAUGUCAGCCCCAAGUCCUGACCCCCCAGCCAGCUCACAGUCCAGUGAGGAAGGUGAGGGUAGACACAGCCAAGCACAGGAUAGAAUGUGAGAAUCGCCAGAGACCCCCCCUCACCUUCUCCUCCCACCUUCACCUACCCCUUCACCUCAGGCCACUCCUGUGGAGUCCUGUGCUCCAAACUUCUGGCAGUCCCCAGAUGCAUGAGGCAUCCUCACACAGUCAUGUCUUUGCUUGUGCUGUUUCCUCACUGCCAGAUGGUGAACUUCUCCACCUCCGAAACCCAACUGGCACAACCUCUGUGAAGCUUUCCUAAGCAUGCUUCAGUUGGGUUGAGGACUUCCUUUUGCCUGUCACCCUUCACCCUGGCUAAUACUUCUGUUAAUGCACUCCUCACGCUUUGUGGCAGUAACUUGUGGUAACAGUCA